AUCCACGAUGAACUGAUCGAAGUUAGUGCCUUACUGCCUGAAGGGCUCCUGCCGUGACCGGAAUCGUCAUCCACCACUACCAGUGCCAGGCUGAGGCAGGUGCAUUCGGCCAUCCAUAGGUAACAAGUUACUCACACACUGCAGUGUUCUAGAACCUCGCUCGACAUUCACGUCCAUUAUCAUUCAAUCUCGCUCCCAAGGUUGUCACUCGCUUCUCUAUUUAAAUUCGCUAUUUGCUCCAUACUCCCCACGCUCUCUUUCACAUCAGGUAUAUUCCCCGCUGUGUCGUAUAGUUACUCGGGGACCCUUACUGCGUCGUGCUUAGCACACUCUCAUUAUCGUCUUUCUCGGUCACUAAUCCUCCGAGCGAAUUCCAUCAGCUGUGGUGCAAGACGAAUAAUCCCGCAAAGCCUACGUCAGGAAACAUAUCCAGCCCUUGCACGACUGAGAGAAACAAUAACAGAGGCAAAACAGUUGAAAGCUUAUCACCUCUUUAUCGCCCCGUGAACAUACGCCUUGCUGUACAUAUUUGCCUGCCACUGGCUGUCGUUGCAAUUUUCCCGCAUCCGUUCUCAUCGGCGUUUUCCCUAGUCCAUCAUCAAGCACAAAAUAAUUCCCUGGUCUGCGGUGAUACAUUGGGCGAUCGAACCUACUGCUGGAAAUCCCUCAUAGUACGGAAAGUACAUACUGGGGUCCUCAGGGGGACACCGUGCUCCACCUUGCACAUCACCGGGCGAUUGAUCCAGAUCAAUCAGCCGGCCAAGGAUCUGAAACUAUACAAAGACCCUCACCGCCACCAUGACUCAAAGCCACGCUCUUUCCCAACAUCGUCGUUCCUCUUCGGGAUCGAGCUCGUCCAAGUCCAGGACGUCGAAGCCUUCAUCAUAUAGGAAAGGCGUAUCACACUCUAUUGCGAAGUUGGGGUCUGGUCAAGUGCGUCAGACAAUUGAACCAGACGGCAACUGGACGCCCGAAAUGGCGCCUUUUCUCAACUAUUGUGGCAUGUGUGAGAAGCAGAUCACUGUGCCUGACGACCGCCUUCUCUAUUGCAGUGAAAGCUGCCGCCGCAAAGACACCAAGAAGCCUCUCUCCGCCUCUUUCUCCUCCGCCUCACCUCUACCGACAUACAGUCCCUGCCCUCCACGAGUGGGUACUCCUGACAUCGUGAAGCCGUUAACACCUACGAAAGCACCCAUCAUGGCCUCUCAACCCGUUCGAAUACCCACCGACAUGCACGAGGUCAAGUCAGAUAUUGACCCAACCGAAUGGAAGCCCGUAAUACCCACGGACGACCAUGCUUCGAGCAUUAUGGCUUCGGAUGCCUGGAAGUACCUGUCAAAAUUCCACGGCGACGAGUCUGUACUUCCCAUACGCCGUGCAAAGGGCCGUAACACGAGCUCAACUAGUCUGUCGACUCUUCCUUCAUUAAGCAAUACUCCGUCGACGCCAUCUUCUGUGAGCAGCGUAGCGUCGGACUACAUGAGUCACAUGUACGAGUCUGCUCAUCGUCCUCUGCCUCCUCGCCAUAAACCCUGCUUCUCUGGUAGCGGCAGUGUCACCAAAGGCGUGGAUUUAGUGGUUCCCCACAUCUCAGUUAUCCCCGACUCGCCAAUGGACACAGCCAGCACCGGAUCUAUCGUCCCUGCUGGCGGCGGUCCCUGGAAGACAAAAGUUGGAGCUAUUCCGGCCAUCAAGGUGCUUGAGGGAACUGGGAAUAUGCACUGACCUACUCUGCAGUGCAGAAUGUAGGGGUGCUCCGUGGAAAUGAUCGGGGCCAAAUGUUCUAAAUAUCAUUAUCUUCAUCCACCCUGGAGUAUGGGCGGUAUAUAGAAUUAAGCGCGGAAAGGGACAUGGCUCGAUGAAUAAUGAUCUGGACCGUUGUCUCUUCUUUACUUUUCAGAUACCACUAGAUAACACUAAAAUAGAGUGUUGACCCCAAU